AUGGCCGAUAAGAUCACCCUCGACCAGGUCAACGAGCUGCUGGGUGUCUUGCGCACCGACGCCUCUGUUGAGACCAAGGUGCAGCUCGUCACCGCCGCCAAGUCGGGCAUCAAGCAGCAUAACGUGCCCGACCAUGCGAUCCCCGUCCUCUUCGAGGCCCUGCGCACCGCCUCUUCCUCGCAGCACGCCGCCCUCGUCAAUGCCGGCUUCACGGGCCUCAACCACCUGCUGACGCGGUUGUCCCGUCAGGAACCCAAAUUUCUAGCCAAGGAAGCGGCGCGCACGCUGCCGCUUAUCGUCGAGAAGCUCGGCGACGUCAAGGAGAAGUACCGUUCGCUCGCGCAGCAGUCGCUCGUCACGCUUUACCAGGCCGCGCCCAUGGACGUCGAGCGCUCGCUGCGCAACACCGCCAUGACGGGCAAGAACCCGCGCGCCAAGGAGACCAGCAUGCAGUGGCUGUUGCAGAUGCACCACGAGCACAGCCUGCCCUUUCGCGCCUACGUCCCUGUGCUGAUGGAGCUGCUCGAGGACGCCGACGGCAUGGUGCGCGACGCCGCCAAAGCCACGGUCAUCGAGCUGUUCCGCGGCGCGCCCAGUGCCGCCAAGACGGACCUCAAGAAGCAGCUCAAGAACUUCAAGGUGCGGCCUGCCAUUGAACAGGCCAUUGUCAAGGAGCUGGCGCCCACGGGCGCCUCUUCUGCGUUGUCGUCUGCCGCGGCGGAGCCUGCCCCGCGCCCCGACUCCGCACGCGCCGUGCGGCCCCAGGCGCCUCUGUCGACGGCCUCGAGCUUUGCCGCCAGCGUCUCGUCUCUCAGCGAGCGGCCCGUCACGCCCAUGCCCGACGCCAGCCGUGCCGAGUCCGUCGAGCCGGCAUACGUCAACACGCAGCGCGAGCUCGACGACAUUUUUAAGGAGAUGCACGUCUGGUUCGAGGGCAAGGAGACGGAGCAGAACUGGCUGAAGCGCGAGGAGAGCGUCACGCGGCUGCGCCGUCUUCUGGCCGGAAACGCUGCCGACUAUGCCGACGCCUUUUUGAACAACGCCCGCGCGCUGCUCGACGGCAUCAUCAAGGCCAUCGUCACCCUGCGCACCAGUCUGUGCAAGGAGGGCUGCAGUCUGAUUCAGGACAUGGCCACGACGUUCGGCCCCGGCAUCGACCCCAUGGUCGAGAUUCUGCUGCAGACGCUUGUCAAGCUGUCUGCGGGCACCAAGAAGAUCAGCUCGCAGCUGGCCAACACCACCGUCGAGGCCAUCAUCUCCAAAGCCACAUACAGCACACGCAUCCUCCAACACGUCUGGGGUGCGUGCCAGGACAAGAAUGUCCAGCCGCGUACCUACGCGUCGGGCUGGGUCAAGACCAUCAUCACCAAGGAGAUGCACCACAAGAACCAUGUGGAGCACUCGGGCGGCCUGGACCUGAUUGAGAAAUGCAUCAAGAAGGGCCUGCUGGACCCCAACCCUGGCGUGCGUGAGCGAAUGCGUGCCACGUACUGGUGCUUUUCCGGCGUCUGGCCAGCACGGGCCGAGGUCAUCAUGACUGGCCUCGAUAGCACGGCCCAGAAGCUCCUCCAAAACGACUCCAACAACCCCAACUCGCCCAAAAAGCCCGAGGGCGCGGCCGCCGACAAGGCGCGCCCUGGCCUGGGUUUCUCCAAGAGCACGACCGGCGCGUCCAAGCCCUCGCUGCGCGAGGCGAUGCUAGCCAAGAAGAAAGAAACGCUGGCAUCGCGCCACCUCCCUGCACGGCCUGGGUCGGCCAUGGCUCAUUUCUCGCCCGUGCGGACCGUCUCCGGCUCAUCCAAUGCCUCGGCUUCGUCGGCGGCGGCCCCGUCAUCAGGGACGGCAGAGGCCAAGUUUGGUCGUCAGCGCGGCGAAGGUGGUCUGUCAGUUGCGCCCGUGCGGCCCACACGGCGGAGGCCCGAGUUGCACGCGCGGCCGGCCACGGCGGGCCCGUACUCGGUGCGCACACACGACCAUCCGUCGGCCGAACAAUCCAGUCCUCCAGAGCGGCUGCGCUCCAAGGCGGCGAUCACGCCGAAAACGCUGGGCGCCUCUCCUAAGCGGACAGGGCCAGGCGCCGUGCCAGGACCGCGAACGCGACCAGGCCACCACACCACGGCGAGCGACUCAAACCUGCUCACGCCGUCUCGCGCAGUUGCCGCACCGCCUGUCACCAAAACCGCCGCUGGCGGGGCGCACAGACCCGGCGUGACGGCGACAGCAUCGUCUCCACGAACCAGCCCGGCGAAGCCCAAGCCUGGCGCAGUUCGCGGCGUAGCAGGUCAUAAGGCGACGCAUGCUCCCCCAGCCUCGACGAGCCCGUCGCGGGUUCGCAGCAAGCCGGCGCAUGCACCCGAACCGGUGCCGGAAGCCGAGCCAGAACCAGAGUUAGAAAUCAUUGAGAAGGCCCCUGAAGUCGAAAUCGAACUCCCUCUGGAGCGCGCUGCUACACCCACGUCCCCCACACCGACCAAGCUUGCAGCGGCAAGAAAAGUAGCCCCUGCUGCCGGUCCCGCCCCCGUGGACGACGACGAUGCCUUGAGUGCCAUGGUCAUGUCACCACCGCUCAAGGUGUAUGAGGAUCCUUUCUCGGAAGACCAGUCCACGGCCACUCCCACGGCGACAAUCUUUGCACCUACGGUGCUAGAAGACAGACCGGUCAACGAAGACGCGGGCAACCUGGCCCGGCUGCCGGACGAGGGUGCCGGUUUGGCUGUGGCGUCGACCAUGUCUGCUGACGCUGCUUCCGCGACGACAACCACCGACACAACACGGCUGGAGCCCACUGCCUCGCCCGCUCUGUUCCCAUCAUCGCCGGAAAAGGCGAAGCAGAACACGCGGCUGCUCGACAGCGGCAUUGCCAAGGUCAAGGCCCAGGCCCUGGACGUGCACGGCUUCCGCAAACUGCAGGGCAUCAUCCGGGAGGCCAGCAACUCGGCCAUCAGCAACGGCAUGACAACAAAGACGGGCGCGGCCGCACUCUUUACGGACGAGCGGUUCGACGCUCUGCUGCUAGGCCUCUUUGCCUACCUCGAGUCGCCCGUGACCAACGUGCCGCCCGAAAAGGUGCAGGACGUCAAGGCGCAGAUCCUGGCGACGAUCAAGCUGCUCCUCAAGAAGUCCCGCGACAACUUCCAGCCGCACAUCUCGCGCGGCCUCGAGGCCCUGCUCGCGGCGCGGGCCGGGUACGACGCGCGCGCCCACAUGGUGGCCGGGCUGGAGCUGCUGGCGGACGAGCUGGUGACGUUGGGCGACGCGGCCGAGAUUGCGCUGGUCCUGACACGGGCGCUGACGGACCAGAACGACGGCCCGCACGGCUCUGCCGGUCCUGUGCCUCCCGGCAAGGUCAAGGCCAUCACCUCACCGCACUCGCUCAGCAUGGGCCUCCACGUGCUCAAGGUGCUUGUGGACGCGCGCCCGGACUUUUACCCGACAGACACGGAGCUGGCGCAGCUGUCGGGCCUUGCGCAGCGGUGCAUCGAGAGCAGCGAGUCGGGCGUGCGCAUGGACGCGGUGCAACUGUGCGUCGCCAUACAUGAGCGGGUAGGCGAUGCCCGGUUCUGGGGCGCGCUGCGAGGUGUCAAAGACGACCCGAAGUCGCUCAUUACGUACUACAUUGUGAAACGGCAAAGGGAGCAGUCCGUGUGA